UGUCGUGUUGUUCAGCGCGCCUGCGCACUGGCGUUCUGUUCCUGUCAGCUGGAAGAUGGCGGCGUCCGUGUGUAGAGCCGGUAGCGCUGUAAGCAAAGCUUUUUUCAAGGCCCGCACGCCUUCUUUACUAAACCUGAAGAGGAAUCAAAGUGCAGCAUCUUAUGCUCAAAUUUUGCAGAACAUUCCGGACACCCAGCUUACUACUUUGGAGAACGGACUACGUGUUGCUUCAGAGGAAUCUGGCCAGGCCACUUGCACGGUGGGGGUGUGGAUUGGUGCAGGCAGUCGCUAUGAAAAUGAAAAAAACAACGGCUCAGCAUAUUUUCUGGAACAUCUGGCGUUUAAAGGAACUAAGAAAAGACCCCAGGCUGCUUUGGAGCAGGAGGUAGAGAGUUUGGGAGCUCAUUUAAAUGCAUACACCACACGCGAGCAGACUGCUAUCUACAUAAAAGCCCUCUCCAAGGAUUUACCCAAGGCUGUUGAAAUAUUGGCUGACAUUGUCCAGAACAGCAGCCUGGAGGACUCUCAGAUUGAGAAGGAGCGUCACGUUAUCUUGCGUGAACUUCAGGAGAUCGAUUCCAACAAACAAGAAGUUGCAUUUGAUUUCCUUCAUGCAACAGCUUACCAAGGAACAUCUCUCGGCCGCACGGUUGUGGGUCCUUCUGAGAAUGCAAAGAAGUUGACUCGAGCAGACCUUGUCGAGUAUGUCAACACUCAUUACAAAGCUCCACGCAUGGUGCUAGCAGCAGCAGGAGGAAUUAAUCACAAGGAAUUGUGCGAUCUCGCUCAGCGUCACUUUAGUGGCCUGUCCUACAAUUAUGAAAGCGAUUCUGUCCCAGUCCUGACUCCAUGCAGGUUUACUGGAAGUGAGAUCCGUGCAAGAGAUGACGGUCUCCCCCUGGCUCAUGUUGCCAUUGCAGUGGAAGGGCCCAGCUGGAAUAGUUCUGACAAUGUGGCCUUGUUGAUUGCCAACUCUAUCAUUGGCAACUACGAUGUGACAUAUGGAGGAGGAAAGAAUCUUUCCAGUAAACUUGCAAGAACCGCUGCUGAACACAAACUGUGCCAGAGUUACCAGACCUUCAACAUCCGUUAUUCUGACACAGGGCUUUUUGGGAUCCACUUUGCCACUGAUAAACAUAAUGUGGAGGACAUGCUGCAUGUAGCCCAAGGAGAAUGGAUGCGCCUUUGUACCAGUGUUACAGAUGGUGAGGUAGCACAAGCCAAAAAAGCUCUGAAGACUGCCAUGGUAGCUCAGCUGGAUGGAACCACCCUUAUUUGUGAAGACAUUGGCCGUCAAACUUUGAACUAUGGUCAUCGUAUCUCCUUGGAAGAAUGGAAUUCAAGAAUUGAUGCCGUCAGUGCAAAAACCGUGCAAGAAAUCUGCUCCAAAUACCUGUAUGAUAAAUGCCCGGCUGUUGCUGGAGUUGGCCCCAUUGAGCAGCUUCCUGACUACAACCGUAUCCGCAGUGCAAUGUACUGGCUCCGUUUCUAGACUCCAAAUUUCAGUUGCAUCGGUGACCUUAAUGGCCGAGCACUUCACUUUUGGUUGAGACAUUGCGUUGUUUCUGCAAAGCCGCCAACAGCUUGUCCAGAGAUCCCUGUACCGACUGUAUAUCAGCACCAUCUGCAGCAGCUGUAAAUUGGAUCCAGAAGUGUCAUUUUGCUGUUUUCUAUGUUAAACAAAACAUGUAACGUCAGAAAAUUAAUAAAGCGUAAUUUAAAGGGAA